AUGGUCUCUCCAAACAGACCAGCGGAGUAGAGUAGUUGGUGAAGUUGCAGAGUUCCGUUGGCAGGCACACCAUGUCCAUCUCCACCGCUUCCCGCCGCGCCCUCAGCCGGAUCGGCGGCGCCCUCCGGCGGUCCUUGUCGUCGUCGUCAUCGUCGGUGCCGGACGCCUCGGGGUACCACGUGUCGGGCGGGCCGAGCUUCAUGCGCGCGGCCGUGUUCUGGGAGCCCGGCCGCCCGCUCACCAUGGAGGAGUUCCGCAUGCCGCGCCCCAAGGCCGGCGAGGUCCUCGUCAAGACCAAAGCUUGUGGAGUCUGCCACUCUGAUCUCCAUGUCAUGAAAGGCGAGCUCCCUUUCGCCAGCCCUUGUGUCGUUGGCCAUGAGAUCACCGGGGAGGUUGUCGACCAUGGCAUGCACACGCCCGCUGAGAUCGUCAAUAGGUUCCCAGUCGGCAGUCAUGUUGUUGGAGCCUUCAUAAUGCCCUGUGGGAAUUGCUUUUACUGUGUGAAGGGCCAGGAAGACCUCUGUGAGUCUUUCUUUGCAUAUAAUCGUGCUAAAGGAACACUGUACGAUGGUGAAACCCGACUGUUUCUACGCAGCAACGGAAAACCGGUGUACAUGUACAGUAUGGGCGGGCUUGCAGAAUACUGUGUUGUGCCGGCCAAUGCACUAGCAGUUCUUCCUAACUCGUUGCCAUACACAGAGUCAGCCAUUCUAGGAUGUGCUGUGUUCACCGCAUAUGGCGCUUUGAGGCAUGCUGCUGAAAUGCGUGCCGGUGAUUCAGUAGCAGUGAUUGGAGUUGGAGGGGUCGGGUCAAGUUGCUUACAGAUAGCAAGAGCAUUUGGAGCUUCAGAAGUCAUUGCAGUGGAUGUUCUCGAUGAUAAACUCCAGAAUGCAAAAACACUUGGAGCAACCCACACCGUAAACGCAGCUAAAGAAGACGCUGUUGAAAGGAUCAAGGAAAUUACUGGUGGGAGAGGUGUGGAUGUCGCUGUGGAGGCACUUGGCAAGGCAUUAACAUUUUCCCAGUGCACCCAAAGUGUACGAGAUGGAGGUAAAGCUGUUAUGAUCGGGCUUGCUGCAACAAACGUAGUAGGCGAGGUGGAUAUAACCCGUCUUGUUCGCCGACAGGUCAAAAUCAUUGGCUCGUAUGGUGCAAGAGCCAGGCAAGAUCUUCCUCAGAUAGUCAAGCUUGCUGAGAGCGGUGCCUUCAAUCUCGAGAACGCCAUAUCAAGGAAAUGCAAAUUCGAAGAGGCGAACAGCGCCUAUGAGGAUCUCAACCAGGGCAAGAUCGUUGGCCGAGCUGUAGUUGAAAUCAUGUAGUGCUGACUGCUGACGAGAUGAUCAUGUGGUUGAAAAUCUGGGUCAAACAAAUAAGAAUAUGCCGCGGCAACUCCGCGAACUCGGUUUGUGUUGCAGCAUGGUCUCGCUCCCUGAUUUGUGUUGGAUGCAAAAAAAAUUGUUGAUUGAAAGAUUAUUGUGCUCACAAGGAGAUGUCUGUCUCAGUGUGUUCUUCUUUCCAUGAUACAUAUUGUGAAUAUUGGGUAUACACUUUGCUUA